AUGUUGCGAGCAGAUGUGGAUCAGGAGAGAUCACCUCUGCUGAACAGAAACACUUUUAGAAAUUCUCUGACUAUAAGUGAUGAUGAUGAUGAUACAUAUAAAGAAAAGAUUGGGAAAAUCCACUUGAAGUAUGAACCAAAAGUCCCCAUUUUCAGCCCACAGAAGUUGGCUAUAGUCUUAUGUAUCCUGUUUGUGGAGCUAUGUGAAAGAUUGGCCUUUUAUGGAGUCAAUGCCAAUUUAGUUCUUUUCUGUACUAGCAUUUUGGACUUCACCAGCAAUGAUGCUACAAAUGUUAGCCUUAUCUUUUCAGGUUCAGUUUAUAUUAUUCCCAUCAUUGGAGGUUUCAUUGCUGAUGCCUGGUCCAACAGAUUCAAUGUGAUAUUUGCAUCUGGACUUAUCUACCUUUGUGGGUUGUUUUUAAUUGUGUGUUCAGCAGUAAAUUAUGAGACCUUGUUUAAUGAGACUAAUAUAAACCCAGAUGUAGAAACUUUACGCAUUUUUUAUAUUGUUGGCUUGUCACUUGUGGCUCUAGGAACUGGGGGCAUCAAAGCCAAUGUAGGAUUAUUUGGGGCACAGCAGGUACAGGAUCUUGGCACCCAGGCUGUCCAAGUGUACUUCAACUGGUUCUACUGGUUUGUAAAUGCUGGUGGUUUGAUAGCUUUCUCAGCUGUUGCUUAUGUUCAGCAGAAUGUCAGCUUCACUUGGGGAUAUGUUAUUCCUUUGAUAUCCAUGAUAAUUGCUCUUAUACUCCUCAAUGUGGCCAGAUCUUUUUACAUUUAUAAGCCUAGACAAGGUAGUGUUUUGAUCACCUCCUUCAAAAUUUGCCACCAGGCUUGUUCGAGAAGGUCACCUGAGAUCAAUGGUAAAAGAUCGACCUUUGACUCAGCACGGAAACAGUAUGGUGGCAGCUAUGAUGAUGUCACUGUUGAUGGUGUGAUUGCUGUUCUCCGUGUCUUGCCGAUAUUCUUUUUUGUUAUUAUGUUUUGGGCUAUAUACUCCCAGAUGCAGUCAACCUAUUUCUUGCAAGGUGAGAGAAUGGAUCUCAAUGUUGGUGGUGGUCAAAUUCCUGUGGCCAUGCUGAAUGUCUUCAACACUAUUGCUGUACUUAUUUCCAUCCCUAUACUGGAUAGAAUUAUCUACCCUUGCUUUCAGCGUAUUGAGCGUCCUUUAAAAUAUAUGCACAGAAUAGGUAUUGGCUUGAUACUGUCAGCUGGCUCCGUUUUCAUUGCUGGCUGGGUAGAGAUAGAGAGAAAGAAACAGUUUGGCUUUGAUCAAGUUGUAGGAGAUGAAAAAUUUUAUUCUUCCAAUAUGUCAGUCUUUCUUCAAGUUCCUCAGUUCAUGCUUGUUGGAGCAGGAGAAGCUUUUACCAACAUAGCAGGUCUGGAAUUUGCCUAUACUCAGGCACCAAACACCAUGCAGGGUCUGAUAAUGGGAAUUUAUUUAGCCACUGCAGGAGUGGGCAACUAUCUCAGUACAGCCAUCAUAGCCAUCAUUGAAGCUACUACAAAAGAUGACCCCUGGUUUCCAGAUGAUAUCAAUGAUGGCAAAGCAGAGUAUGUAUUUUUUGUUUUUGGGGGUUUGAUGGUGGUAUUUUUCUUGGGUUAUCUCCCUGCUGCCUACACCUACAAGUAUAAAGAGUUUGCCACUGAUAAAGAAGCUGCUGCUACAACAUCUGGCAACAGUCAGGCCACUACUGUCAAGAGGACAUUCAAUGAAGACAGUGUUACUAUAUUCUGAUGAUUUUUGGACUCGGCUACUAGUACUACAUAACACUUUCAUUUGUUUGUAGAGCAGCAGUCCUUCAGCUGAAGUACAAAUAACCCUUCAAGUACUCUCUGUUGGGAGGAUUUUGAGGUUAAAUACACUGACGGUAGCUCAUGUUUCUUAAGGAGAACUACUUUUAGCUUUGCGCGCGCCUUAGAGAAAAGAAUUAGAAAAAAAGGAAAAGAAAACUCUUCUUUAUUAACUUCUUGAUAAUGUUGAGUUAUAGCCUAAAAAAAGUUCUGUGCUUUGUUUGAUCAAAUAUUCUAUUGAAGUAAUUAUGUCUGUUAUUUGCUUAUAAUAAAAGCUUUUUUUUUCACUUGUGCAAUCAAUUCCUGCAACCACCAAAGAAAAUUAUUAAAUAUUAUGAACUUGUAUGUAAAUAAAAGCGUCAAAUGUAUUAGAAUAAGCUCCACUUCACUGCAUUGCUUGUUCUCUAAUUCCGUUUUAGUUACCAGGAAUUCAUAUAUUUAUAAAGAUCUUUCCAGGGAAAGUUAUAAAUUGAACUAUAUACUAAGCACCUUUCCAAUGGUCUCUGGAGCAUGAAAAAUUUGAAUGUGUCACUCAGGAUAACCAGGGACUUAAAAUAGUUCAAAUCUCUCAUUUAUAUAAAUUAUGACAUUAACACAUUAAUAACCACAGAACUCGUGUAUUGUUUUUCUGGAGAUAUUCUCUGUAGUAUAUAAUGUACAUCAUUGAAGGUUACAAUGUUUUGACCAUGAUGAUAUUUCAUCAACAUAAAUAGAAUUUUAAAAAAAAAUCUUUGAUUUCCUUUACACUUAUGAGAUUUUUUGUACUCUCAAAAGAUAUUUCAGUUUAUACAUAUUAUUAUAAAAACCUAGCAUACACACACAUGUACACCCUACACCCACCAUGAGAUUGAAAAAAAUUGUUUACAGGUAUAUAUAUAUAUAUAUAUAUAUAUAUAUAUAUAUAUAUAUAUAUAUAUAUAUAUAUAUAUAUAUAUAUAUAUAUAUAUGCCAUCUGUUUAUAUCAUGCUUGAUUGCUGAGAAAUAUGCUUAAACUUUAAAUUAUUUAUAUAGUCCACAGUUGUUAAUGAACUGUAUGAUACUAUUAUACCAUCUUGCUGUUUUUACCACACAGGUCCAUACACUUCACACUAAAAAAUAUGCAAAGUUGUACAUGUUUGUUUAUUCAAAUUAAGUCUUCUGCAUCUACUCUAUAUGAACAUAUAUAUAUUAUAUAUAUAUAUAUAUAUAUAUAUAUAUAUAUUUAUUUAUUUAUGAUAUAUGUAAAUGAAUAAUGUUAAAAAAAAGUUUCCUAAGACAUGUUUCCAAGUGCACUUUGGGAAGGUAGAGGGGGGGGGGGCACUGGGAUUUCUUUUUAGAUUUUGUUGUCUCUUGAUUUUUGUGUUGUUUUAAAACUCAAUAAAAAUCAAAUUAAGUUUUAAUAAAAAGAAAUGUUUCCACUUGCCUUGUAAUCAUAUUCCAGUUUUGACUUCAGGGUGGAUGUGUUUCUAUCUGUGUACUUUAUUUGUACCACAUAAAGGCACAUAGACUAGUAUUCAGUUAAGCUCAGUGUUAGUUUUAAACAAAGUAUUGGUGUUCAGUUAGAAUAGGUCUAUAUUACAGGGACUAUCAUUGUUAUCUAUUGCAAAUAAACUAUUGAUAACACUUUUCUGAUGUUUGCUCACAUUUUCAAUAAAGAAUUCCCACAAAAGCUUUUUGCAAUACUGGUAAAAAAAAUAAUAAUUAAAUUUCAGUGACUUAUUGCAAUUGCUUUUUGAUCUGAUUUUUAUGUAUAAUUUAUUUAUACAAAAUUGCUAUUUUUUUUUAGCUGUUUAACUUUUUUCUCUACAAUGUUUGUAACAAGUCUAAUAAAUCAAAUAUUUUAAAUAAAAUAAAAUACUUUCUCACUUUUUAAAAA